AAAAAACCGCACACUUUUGCAUCUCCCCUAUCAUUAUUGUGUUGGUUAAACUUAAGCCAAAGAGUCAAGAAUGAAAGAGGCAGUUGUAAAGAGGAAACACCAAUCUGGAAAUUGAAACUGGACCCCACCCCAUCCUUCUUCCAUUUCCCACGGUUCUGGCUCUCUCUCUAAACCAACACUUCAACAUUUCCACACUCUCCUCCCAGUCCUCACCUGAACAAGUCUCCGGCCACCGGCAUCAUCAUCUUCCGGCGAUGUCCAAGCAGACCUACAGAGUGUGCUUCUGCUUCCGCCGCCGCUUCCGCCUCGCCGUGUCGGAAGCGCCGGACGACAUCAAGUCCCUGUUCGACCAGUACUCCGAGAAUGGCCUCAUGAGCCUCGAUCACCUCCACCGCUUCCUCACCGAAGUCCAGAAGGAGGACCUGACCAAGGAGGAGGCCCAGACCCUACUGGAUCAGAGCCUCCACGAGUUCCGCCACCUCAAUAUCUUCCACCGCAAGGUUCUCAACCUCGAGGCCUUCUUUAGGUUCCUCUUCGGCGACAACAACGCCCCUAUCAACACCAAGGUACACCAUGAUAUGAAAGCGCCUUUGUCGCAUUAUUACAUACACACCGGACACAAUUCAUACUUGACCGGGAAUCAGCUGAGCAGCGACUGCAGUGAUGUGCCGAUUAUAGAAGCUCUUCAUAGAGGUGUGAGGGUGAUUGAGCUUGAUAUUUGGCCUAAUUCGACCAAAGAUGACGUGGAUGUGCUUCAUGGAGGGACCUUGACUGCUCCAGUGGCACUUCUCAAAUGCUUCAAAUCUAUAAAGGAACACGCUUUUGUUGCAUCUGAGUACCCUGUUGUAAUUACCUUAGAGGAUCAUUUAACCCCUAAUCUUCAAGCUAAAGUUGCUGAGAUGAUCACUCAAACAUUUGGAGAGGUGCUGUUUUCUCCUCCGGGGUCCGAGUGUCUUAAUGAGUUUCCAUCCCCAGAAUCACUGAAGAGAAGGGUUAUUAUAUCAACUAAACCACCUCAGGAAUAUCUUGAGGCUAAAGCUGCUGCCGAAAAAGCUGCUGCGGCUGCAAAUGACUUAAAGAGGGGAAAGAGUUUAGCUCCUGAUGAGGAAGCUUGGGGUAGAGAAGUCCCGGACCAAAAAGGAGCAGUUGCAGAAGAUGAUAAGGUGAAUAAAUUGGAUGAAGAAGAUAGCCCUGAGGAGGAAUAUGUUGAGGAUGUAGAGUCCAAGUCACCACAAAAUGUAGCACCUGAAUAUAAGCGGUUAAUUGCCAUUCAUGCUGGGAAGCCUAAAGGUGGAUUGAGGGAGUGUCUCAAAGUGGAUCCCAAUAAAGUGCGGCGUCUUAGCUUAAGUGAGCAACAACUUGAAAAGGCAUCAGAAACUCAUGGAAAAGAGAUAGUCAGAUUUACCCAGAGGAAUAUUCUGAGGGUGUACCCAAAGGGUAUACGUGUGGACUCAUCGAAUUACAACCCAAUGAUUGGGUGGUCACAUGGUGCUCAGAUGGUUGCAUUCAAUAUGCAGGGACAUGGAAGAUCACUGUGGGUGAUGCAAGGAAUGUUUAGAGCUAAUGGUGGAUGUGGAUAUGUGAGAAAACCAGAUUUUCUGUUGAACACUACAGAGAUCUUUGAUCCUAAACAGAAGUCAUCAGUUAAGAAAACAUUGAAGGUGAAAAUCUAUAUGGGAGAAGGGUGGUAUUAUGAUUUUAAGCACACGCACUUUGAUGCGUAUUCACCUCCUGAUUUUUAUGCAAGGGUAGGUAUUGCUGGAGUUGCUGCAGAUACUAUAAUGAAGAAAACAAAGACUCUAGAGGACAACUGGAUUCCUGCUUGGGAUGAAGAAUUCGAAUUCCCUUUAACUUGUCCUGAACUGGCUGUGAUUCGCAUUGAAGUUCACGAGUACGACAUGUCAGAAAAGGAUGACUUUGGAGGGCAAACAAGCCUCCCACUGUCUGAGCUGAAAAAGGGCAUUCGAGCAGUUACCUUACAUGAUCGUAAGGGAGAGAAGUACAAAUCCGUAAAGCUUCUUAUGCACUUCGAUUUAGUUUGAUACUACAACAACGUCUCAGAGAAGAACAAUAAGCACAAACCCUUUUAUGUAAAUUUUUGUGUGUGUAUGUAUUUUAUUGUAAAAGAAUUGCUUUCCCAGUGUGUAAAGUUGUAGAGAUUGAGAAAACAGCUGGUGUUUCAUAAUAAAAAUUUUGAAGCUGUAUUCAGUGAGAAU